AUGGCUGCUCCUGGCGCUGCUGCGGAGGUGCAGGUGGAGGUGGAGGUGAGAGGUGGGGCGCUGGAGAGGGGCACCGGCGGCGGUGGCGGCAGGAGGAAGCCGCAGGGGUGGAAGUGCAUGCCCUUCAUCUUAGCAAUCGCUACAUUUGAGAAUGUCGGGUCACUUGGGGUGGUAGCAAAUUUGACGAUCUAUCUUGUGAAGCGCUUCAAUUUUGGGCAGCUCACAGCUACAAACACUACCAGCAUUUUCUUCGGCACGCUGAACUUCGCACCGUUGCUAGGUGCCUUCAUCUCCGACGCCUAUUUGGGAAGGUUCAGAACCCUUGCCUACGGGUCCUUCUUUAGCCUCCUGGGAAUGCUAGGAUUAACUUUGUCUGCAUCAGUUCCAGCUUUCAAACUUGCAGACUGCAAUCAAACAAUUCAAUUAGGUGAACAUUGCAAUAGUCCAUCAACACUCCAGCUGAGUGUGCUAUACCUAUCUUUAGCAUUUCUAAUCAUUGGCGGUGGAGCAAUCCGACCAUGCAGCUUGCCCUUUGGAGUAGACCAAUUCGACAUGACUGACAAAAAUAGUCAAAAAGGCCUAAAUAGCUAUUAUAACUGGUACUAUGGCACAACUACCAUUGGCUUGGUGUUUUCUAUGACUAUUCUCGUCUACAUUCAGGCUACCAUCAGCUGGCCAAUAGGAUUUGGCAUACCAGCAUUCUUCAUGUUGUUGUCAAUUAUCAUUUUAUUUAUGGGUACUAGACUUUAUGUCCAUGUACCACCAGAGGGAAGCAUCUUCACUGGAAUUGCCCAAGUUUUACUAGCAUCAUUUAAAAAGAGAAGAGUCAAGCUUCCAAACUCGGACAAUAUAAGUCAGCAAGAGUUGUUGCUAUUCAACCCUCCCACGAGGGGCCAUCGUAUUUUCAGAUUGCCACUUACUUCCCAGUUCAGGUUUCUUAACAAAGGUGCGGUUUUAAGGGAUGGUGAUAUAAAUGAUGAUGGUUCCGCAAGAAAUUCGUGGGAGCUUUGCAGUAUCCAACAGAUAGAAGAGGCCUUCAAUGCAGUUGGUCAAUUCGAAUUCUAUAAUAAGCAGUUUCCAGAGCAGAUGCUAACCCUAGCAGGAUCCCUCUUUUAUGUUACUUUGGCUGGAGCAGGCUAUUUGAGUACUGCUAUGACAAACAUAACAAAAAAAGUGACUACCAGAGAUGGCCACAAUAGCUGGAUCGCAGACGAUAUUAAUCUCGGCAAGCUUGACUAUUACUUUUAUUUAAUUGCCCUUAUGGGAGUACUGAACCUUUUCUACUUUCUCAUAUGCUCCCACUACUAUCAAUACAAAUCCAUUUCACACUAUGCUGAGGAACCCAUCAAAAUACAGACCAAGGAAGAGGUAGAAGCAGAGAUGGAUCCUAGUAGAGAUGCACCUAGCAAGUAA